GUGCGUAACGUGUGUAGGCUAUGCAGACCCAGAACCGACAGCGUCCCGCUGAUCUCAUCGGUUAACGGACUAAAGAAAGGAUGAGGGCUUGAGAAAACACCGUAUCGUUACCGAAUACCGUGACGGAAGUGUAAUGCAACAGUGAAGAUAUCUUGUCGCUCUCGCCAUGCGGAUGGCGCGUUAGGUGAAACUGUAAGCUAAUGUAUGUCCGGUCAGCUGUUUUUAUUCACCGAGAGACAGCAGCAUCACCGGGACGUGUGCACGAGACCACAGACUAGCCUAUACCGGCGAUCCGGACCCCCACAAACGGGCAGGACUAACGGAGAGGAGGACGCAGAGAGAGAAAAUAAAAGAGUGUGAGAGAGAGAGAUGGAGUUUAAGCAGCUGGUGGAGGUGGCGGAGAAGUGGUGUUCUUCGGUUCCGUUCGAUCUGAUCUUCGCGGAGGAGGAUGAUGAGAGAAGACUGGACUUCUACGCAGAACCGGGAAUCUCUUUCUAUGUCCUUUGUCCGGAUAACAUGACGGGAGGGAUUGCGCAUUUCCAUGUAUGGAGUGAGAGUGAGGACUACCUGCCGUUCCUCCAGGUAGCUCAGGACUACAUCACUUCCUGUGGAAAGAAAACACUGCUAGAGGUCCUGGACAAAGUGUUCACUUCCUUUAGACCUUUGCUGGGUCUACCGGACAUAGAUGAUGAGACGUUUGAGCAGUACCAUGCAGGCAUGGAGGAGGAACCAGAGGCAGACCACCAGCAAAUGGGAGUCAGCCAGCAGUGAUGCCCACAGAUGAGGUGUCCAGUAGGGCUACAAUAACUACCCAUUCCCCUGGUCUCAUCACCUACAACAACACACAGGCCCAACGCCCCUGUAGCGACUAUAAAUAGUCCAUAUGUAUACUCACACACACACACACAGGACAGGCUGCUUCUCAAAAGCUUUGCUCCCCAGAUUGUGCACUCCCUGCCUCCCUCCCACACACACACACACACACACACUAGAGGUCGACCGAUUACAGUUUUUUCCGAUUGCUAAACGACAGUGGGCACAACUGGAGUCACAUGUGCAAAACUCUAACUACAGUCUGCACUACCAACAGUCACCUGAGCUAAACAGUUCACAUCACCUGCAAAACUCAUUCCAAGCAACACAACUCUUAACACAUGGCUCAAAACACGCUCAGUGCAGCCAAACACUAUGCACAACCCUCACUGAGAUCACACACACUGUCACUCAGAACACACUGAGAGUAAAAACACUAUGCACAACCCUCACUGAGACAACACACACUGUCACUCAGAACACACUGAGAGUAAAAACACUAUGCACAACCCUCACUGAGAUAACACACACUGUCACUCAGAACACACUGAGAGUCAAAACACUAGCAUCACCAAUACAGAAAAUACUAACUUUUCAUCUUUACAGUUUGAACCAUUUCAGUGACUUCAUACAAAGUCAUAUUUUCUUCAGAGAAAAGAGUGACAUUCUUUCACAUGAUUUAUUAACAUUUUUUAGAACAUAACAAUUCUUUAAGGUAAAUGAAAAUGAGCAGUUUGCUUCAAUAGUCUGUAGUAAUUUACGGAAUUACAGUAAUGAGGAAAAAAAGGUAGAAACUAAAAGUACAUACUGUAAUUCGAACAAAUAAUUGAGGGGCUGAUCCUGCCUCUCUCUAGCAUCUAAUGUUUUCUCUUGCCAUGCACCUGGGGAAGAACCUUCUGGAGUGCCUUAUCCAUCCCUGGCAGUCCUCUGGACUCGUGUCCUCACAUCCAGCACGCAUGGCUUCCAAAAGAGACAUUUGGUCAGAAACUCCUCUAUUGGGUUGAGGAAGGGUGAAUAUGCAGGCAGGUACAAAACCAUAAAUCUGUGAUGUGCUGCAAACCAAUCUGUGACAGCUGCAGAGUGGUGAAAAGCAACGUUAUCGCAAACUAUGACAAAAACUUGGGGGUUUCUUACUGGCUCCCCCUGUUCUGCUGGCACUAGCUGAGCAUAGAGCUGUUCUAGGAAAGCUAUAAGCCUUUCUGUGUUGUAUGGACCAAUGAGUGGUGUGUUGAGAAGCAAACCAUCAUUGGCCAUUGCAGCACACGGUGAUAUUUCCCCCCCUUUGGCCUGGAACCUCCACAGUGGCCCUUUGACCUAUAACAUUCCUUCCUCUGCGCCGUGUUUUGGCAAGGUUAAAUCCAGUUUCAUCGAUAAAUACAAAUGAAUGUGGUCUUUCUAGUGCUUCUACCUCCAUUACUCUCUGAAAAACAGUAAGUGCCCAGUUUUACUGUAGAAAUGCUAGUGUUUUUUUUUACUGUAAAUAUUUUGUAUAGCUGUGUACGUAACCUCAGACGUCUUACCUGGACAUAUUGGUAUCUUUGCUCUUUUACCCGUUCACUGUUUCUCUCGAACGGUACAGUGUAUAACUGUUUCAUUGUAACUUGGUGUUACUUUAGGACUCGAGCAAUAGUUGUUGUGCUGACAGAAUUAACAUUUUCAAAUAUAUCAUUAUCAGCCAGCACUCUAUCUUGAAUCUCCCGCAGUUUUAUUGCAUUGUUGACAACAACCAUGUCAACAAUAGCAUUUUCCUGCGCAUCUGAAAAUAUUUUUCCUCUUCCCCCUGUUGGGGGCAGCCUUUGGGUCCUGUUGUAAAAAUAUAUUUUACAGUUAAACUUACUGUAAUAUAUAUCUGUGUAAAUAUUCUAUAAUUGCAAUACAAAAUAGAUUCCUGUAAUGUUUUCAUUUACUGUCAGGAUGUAAACUCUCACCUGUUUGCAUGAUGGAAAAUUCGCAUUACAGAUGCCACUGUGGAUCUUUGCAGAUUGGGUUGCACCCUCAACCCUGCCUCUCUCAAUGAGAGACCAUGGUUCACGACAUGGUCUAUAAGUGUAGCCCUUAUUUCAUCUGAAAUAACAGCUCUUUGUCUUCUUUGUCUUCCUCCACGCAUCCGCCCUCUCCCUGCCACCCUUCUCCCUCCACGAACCCAUCUUCCUUGUUCCAUUUCCAAAAUGAGUCUUUCUGAGCUCUACCUAUAUAUACUGUAAAAUGUGUGUGUGUUCACUAACAAGUCUAAAACAAGACAUCUGCUUAGCCUUUCAGCUGAAAUUGCAAUCAGCAGUGUUUGAAAGGCACAAGGCUGAAAUCUAUUCCGUUUUGAAUGUGUGGUUCACAGUUUUGACAGCAGUGUGUUAGCAUUUGAACAAAGUGCUGUAAAUCCACAGUGUUGUGCAGGUUGUGGUUAAAGUCAUGGGAUAAGUGUGUAGAGUUUUGAAAACUGUGUUCAAGCAAUGAAAAACGAACUAGAGUUUGGUCCACAUGAACUGCUGCUGUGCAGACUGUAGUGAAGAGUUUUGCACAUGUGACUCCAGUUGUGUCCACUGUCGUUUGGCAAUCGGAAAAAAACUGUAAUUGGAAUGGCCGAUUAAUUAGGGCCGAUUUCCCCCCCAGCCAGGCCACCAGGACCUACAGAGAACUGUCAGUGUCAACCAUGUAACACCGCACUGUAACACCGUACCGUAACCAUCCACUGUACCACACAAUGUUAACCAGCACAUUGCUGUGUCCUUGUAACAAUGUUAGCGGUGAAAGUAGAGGGAGGAAUAGAACAGAAUUGUAAUCCUACGGUAGAAACUGUUCCAUGUGUACUGCUGUGAGGUCGGCCAAAUGCUGCUCUAUCUCUGUGUGUGUGUGUGUGUGUGUGUGUGUGUGUGUGUGUGUGUGUGUGUGUGUGUGUGUGUGUGUGUGUGUGUGUGUGUGUGUGUGUGUGUGUGUGUGUGUGUGUGUGUGUGUGUGUGUGUGUGUGUGGCACCACCAUCAGUGCACUGCUUUGCUUUUACUUUCCCCACGGCCCUGAAGGAGUAGGAUGAAGUUGUGAUCACAGGGGCAAGGUAAAAUGAUCCUGGAUCUGUGUCUACAGGCAACGUCUGUCUACCUGCAGUCCACCUUCUUCCACCACACUGAACCACACAUGUAUCUACAGAGCCUUCAGAAUGUACUCACACCCCUUGACUUAUUCCACAUUUUGUUGUGUUACAGACUGAAUUUCAGAAUGGAUUAAAUACACCAUCCAAAGUGUGAUUAAUCACCAUGUUCAAAGGGAUAUUCAUUGUCUGUUUUUUCACCCCAUCUACCAAUAGCUGCCCUUCUUUGUGAAACAUUGGAGAACCUCUCCAUGGUGUUUGUGGUCUAAUCUGUGUUUGAAAUUCACUGCUCGACUGAGAGACCUUACAGAUAACUAACUGUAUGUGUGGGGUACAUAGAUGAGGAAGUCAUUCAAAAAAAUCACGUUAAACACUAUUAUUGCACACAGAAUUAGUCCUUUAAAAAAAAAAUUAUGAGCAAAAAUGUCUAAAAACAUUAUUCCACUUUAACAUUAUGGGGCGUUUGGUGAAGGACAGUGACACAACAUCUCAAUGUGAUCUAAAACUCUGGACCUCGAAGCCAGUCCCACUGCAUCUUUCAGUGUUCGUCUCUAAUCAGGGACUGACUUAGACCUGGGACACCAGGUGGGUGAUUCCCCUCUAAUCAGGGACUGGUUUAGACCUGGGACACCAGGUGGGUGAUUCCCCUCUAAUCAGGGACUGGUUUAGACCUGGGACACCAGGUGGGUGAUUCCCCUCUAAUCAGGGACUGGUUUAGACCUGGGACACCAGGUUCCCCUCUAAUCAGGGACUGAAUUAGACCUGGGACACCAGGUGGGUGAUUCCCCUCUAAUCAGGGACUGGUUUAGACCUGGGACACCAGGUGGGUGAUUCCCCUCUAAUCAGGGACUGGUUUAGACCUGGGACACCAGGUGGGUGAUUCCCCUCUAAUCAGGGACUGGUUUAGACCUGGGACACCAGGUGGGUGAUUCCCCUCUAAUCAGGGACUGGUUUAGACCUGGGACACCAGGUGGGUGAUUCCCCUCUAAUCGGGGACUGGUUUAGACCUGGGACACCAGGUGGGUGAUUCCCCUCUAAUCAGGGACUGGUUUAGACCUGGGACACCAGGUGGGUGAUUCCCCUCUAAUCAGGGACUGGUUUAGACCUGGGACACCAGGUGGGUGAUUCCCCUCUAAUCAGGGACUGGUUUAGACCUGGGACACCAGGUGGGUGAUUCCCCUCUAAUCGGGGACUGGUUUAGACCUGGGACACCAGGUGGGCGAUUCCCCUCUAAUCGGGGACUGGUUUAGACCUGGGACACCAGGUGGGUGUAAUUAAUUAUCUGUAGAACAGAAACCCAGCAGGCUUCGAACCUCGUAGGGUCUGUAACAACAAAAUGUGGAAUAUCUCAAGGGGUAUGAAUAAGGUGCUUUCUACUCUGAAGGCACUGUAUCUCUGAACAUGGCAACUAUAAUACAUUUAACUUGUUCUCUGAAUAGAUUAAAGUCUUUACUUUGUCCUAUAAACAUGUCUCUUGAUUUGUAUUUAAAUGACUUAAUCCUUUUUUUGUUCAAGCUAAUCUAAUGUGUGUUUUCUGUUUGACCUCCAGUGUGUAUGAAGGUAUUCAAUAAAACUGUUGGAG